UUUAUUAUUGAAUGAAUCUUGCUUAGACUACAUGUUUACGACUGUCUCACAAAAAUGUCAGACAUUUAUUCUGAAACUGAGGUUUACCACGUUUUGGACAUUGUUGGAAGAGGAACAUUUGGUAAAGUGGCAAAAUGUUGGAGGGGAAGUGACGGGGAAUUGGUUGCGGUAAAAAUUAUGAACACCGAUGUUCACAAAAGUCGUGUAAUUAAGAAUGAAUUGAAACUUAUAGCCGUCCUUUCCACUGUAAAUUUAGAAAGGAGUCACAUCGUAAAAUUCUUUGAGGCUUUUCCUGGAGAUGGUUCUCAUUACCUGGUAUUUGAGCUGUUGGAGAAGAAUCUGUAUCAGCUUCAAAAAGAGAAUGGAUUUAAACCAUUAGCCACUCGCAAUAUUCGGACGAUUACUUAUCAAGUACUUAGAGCUCUUGCUAAACUAAAGGAGUUAGCAAUCAUUCACGCUGAUCUAAAACCAGAGAAUGUCAUGAUCGUGGAUCAGUUUCGCCAUCCCUUCCGUGUCAAGGUGAUCGACUUUGGUUCAGCAAGUCUUUUCAACGAAGUCCGUUUUGUAAGAGAGCCAUACAUCCAGUCAAGAUUCUACCGAUCACCAGAAAUACUUCUUGGACUUCCAUUCUGUGAAAAGGUGGAUAUGUGGUCCCUUGGCUGUAUAAUAGCAGAGCUUUUUCUUGGCUGGCCUCUUUACCCUGGAGAGUCAGAAUAUGACCAAGUGCGCUACAUUUGUGAAACCCAGGGAAUUCCACGCACCCAUCUCCUCAAUUCAGCUUGUAAGGUCCAUCAAUUUUUCAACCUCAUGAAUAACAGCCGUGGAGCACCUAAAUGGCAGCUAAAGUCACCUGGUUCACUUGCCAAAGGUGGAGUCGCCCAGUCCAAGCAGACAGAGGGUUCUACUGAGCGACGGAAGUACAUCUUCAGCUCUCUUGAUGAACUUGAGACUGUAGACAUUCCUCAAACAGAUGAGGGAUUUCGUAAUGAGGAGAUAGCUGCGGAUAUUGUGGACCGACACUGCAUGGUGGAACUCCUGAAGCGAACGCUGACCUUGGACUCGCACCAGAGGAUCAACCCCAGCUCAGCUCUGCGCCAUCACUUCGUCACCAUGCACCACUUACGUGCUGCACAGGAGUACAAGCACUACUACGAAAUGUCUCGUAGAUCACACCGUCUCCAAACAGAGAUACAGCCCCAACCUCACCCGAGGAGUGCUUACCAGCCUCAACGCACUGCAGGGAAACAGGAACAUCAGUUCCACAGUGGGAGCUGUCAGGCAGCCUUUGCUGGAAAGUUUGUUGCUAACAACUGCGUUGCAACUUCCGCAGUACACAGCCAGCACAAUCUGGUCUACAACCAAGUCCGCAAGACCACACAGCAGUUGGACGAUCUGUGCAUCGUGGAUGAGCAGGACAUUGGAAUCUCUGACACAGUCUCGUCAGAGGAGUCUGGUCAAGCCUAUCAAACUCCUGAUGGAGAGGUCACCGACCAGGACAAAUGCCCAGCACCUAACAAGAGCACAGAUGAAGAAGAGGGUGCUGCAGGUUACUCUUUUUUAACUGGGACUCCCAGGGAAAGAUCUCUGGGCGAGUCCAUAUUGUCAUACAUCAGUAACUUCUGUGGGAAUCAGCCAACAGUUAAGCCUCCUCAGACUGAUGACGCCACUCCUGGGCCUUGCAGACCACAGGAUACGGAUUGUCAAGAGGGAUCCCUGAAUCAGCUGUUGGUGCUGUCCUCUCAAGACCCCAUGUGUGAGCAGGAUGCGAUCCCACCACAGGACUUCCUGGCAGAAGCCCAGGACUUUUUACUUGAAGAUAUGGUCACCCAGGACAUUCUAACCCAAGUUCUUACUCAGAGUAUUGCAGAAGGCCAAGAUGGUGAUGAGCAAAUGCCCCAAGACAUGGUGAACGAUCAGGGUGUGAACUCAGGAGCUGCCUAUCCUACAUUCAGGCCCCAAGCUGUACAGGCUGGUGGUGAAUAUGUCCUCCAGUACGUCCCAUAUGAGGCCGAGGCCCAACCGUACCAGUGGCCCGUUCCCAGCUGGAUGUCCGACGCACAGAAGCCUCCCUUCCGUACCUAUGGUCCGUCUGCCUGCAAUGGACAGAGCUCACACGACUACCUGCACUACUGAGGGUCGCAACGAUGCUGCACGUACUCAAACACAAGGACAGACUAAAGACACCCCCCCUCUGCCUUGGGUUCCCCCUUUUGGCUAUGCUGCCACAGCUUUGCACAAGAUUAAGUGGAUGCUCUGCCUGUCCUCAUCCGGCAUGGAUGCACUUGGCUAUUUGCGGUUUAUAAUGAUGGUAAAGAUUUAUGAAAGUUGGUGUUAUGGAAUGUAUGUGCAUUUAUUAAACAAUAUAUAUAUGUAUGAGGUUAUUU